AUGUCCGCCGAGGGUACCGAGCUCAAGGAAGAGCAGCUCCCUCCCCAGGAGGAGGGUGGUGAGGAAGAUGAAGAAAUUGCGGCCAUGAAACGACGAGUUGCAGAGAUGGAGUCCGAAGCGGCCAAAUUGCGCGAGAUGCAGUCCACCCUUGACCAGCAGUCCGAGAGCCUCCAGGAGAACAAAGAAGAUAUCGAUGCACGGAGUAUAUUCGUUGGCAAUGUGGAUUACGGUGCCUCGCCCGAAGAGAUCCAGGCACACUUCCAGAGUUGCGGUUCUAUCAACCGGGUUACCAUUCUGCUGGACAAAUUCUCCGGUCAGCCGAAGGGUUAUGCCUACGUUGAAUUCUCUGAGCCUAGUCUUGUGGCCCAGGCUUUGAUCCUAAACGAGAGCGUCUUCCGCGGUCGCAACCUGAAGGUCACUCCCAAGCGCACUAACCUGCCUGGUAUGAACGCCCGUGGUCGUGGACGGGGCCGUGGCCGUGGCGGCCGUGGCUUCCGUGGCAGCUAUCGUGGUGGUGGCUAUCGCGGCCGGGGUCGUGGCUAUGCGCCAUACUAA